AUGCUAAUAUUUAACUACAACCCCGGUCCUCAAUGGGGCGUUCACCUGUGGAUGACGAAACCACGGCAGUUCUUCACACGGUUUGUGAAACGGAACGGUCGCUUCACCACGCCACUCGUCACCCAUGGCAACAACGUUCGAUACAAGGCGUGGAAUUACAUCGGUGCAACGUACGAUGGAAACACGGGAAUGGCGACUCUAUGGGUGAAUAAUCGACCAGUGGUUCGGACCAACAUCGGACGUAUUCGCCUAGCGACGAAUCGUCCCGUACGAAUGGGCGCGAAGAUUGGCGAUCGACGCUACUUCCGCGGCAGGGUUUCUUGUGUUCAGGUCUACAGUGUGGCGUUGAACCGGAAGCAGAUCAUCAAUGCUGCCAAGAGAUGUUUCAAACGACACCCACCCCCAACACCUCCACCACCAGCCUGCAAAACCUUUGUAGACCUAGGAUUCCUGAUCGAUGGCUCUGGAAGCAUUGAAUACCAUGGUCGUGGUAACUUCAAGCUGAUGCUUAACUUCAUCAAGUCCAUUGUCGUCACGCUACCUAUUUCAAGAACUCAGUCACGCGUUGGCGCAGUUCUCUUCUCCACGAGUCCCAUUCCACUGUUUAGGUUUGGCCAGCUGAACACUGUCACGCAUAUACAGCAAGCUAUCGACAGCAUCCGGUACCCGCGGGGUAGAACGUACAUCGGCAAGGCGCUAGCCUUCACCAGGAGAUACCUAUUCAGAGGACGCAGACGCCGUAAUCGCAAGCGUAUUCUAAUCAUACUUACAGACGGCAUAUCACAGGAUCGCGUUGCCAGGCAGGCUUCACUGUUGAGAGCUAAACAGGUGGAGAUUUUCACGGUUGGUAUCGGAAAAGCGCUCAAAAGGCGUCAACUACUGCAGAUUGCUACAGAUAGGAAUCACGUUUCUGUUGUAUCAUUCAGAGGACUGGCCGCAUUGUCCAAGGCGAUACGGUCAAAAAUAUGUCAACUUAUCACCCCUACAGGUUGGUACAUGUCCUUAUCGUGGGGUUGUUUAAACUAUUCUGCGAAAAGUUAUCAACGGAACCAGAAAGAUAGUGUUAAUUCUGUUGCACCUUAG